CGUCGUAUGGUUAUGAAGCACGUUCAGUAAACCGAAUUAUUAAACGUCGCAUUAUUUUCAAUAAUUAUUUAAAAACUGCUCAGGAUUCCCACCAACGCCAGAUUGUUUAAAUUGGGUCGCUCUUGCCAAUGAGGUUAAACAAAUAUCAACUUAUUCCGGUGAGAUGUGCGCUGUGUUUUUCUGAUGGACGCGGGUUAAAGACAGGUGUAUUUGUGCAGGUGAAAUAAAGUGUGUUUGUUAUGUUGUGCAAAACCGUAGCUGAAACUAAGAACACCAUUUGUAUCCGAAGAGGUGGCCAGUGCUUUGACACCAAGAAGAAUGCAAAAGGGGUUCCACGAGAGAAGUAGAAGGUGGAGGGAUGACAUCAGCGAGGUGGCCGAAGACUCAGACGAGGGGGAAGUUGUGGACAUAUCAAGCGAUGAAUCGGCACAUGCAGCAGAUCUCGGAGACAGGAUACGGGUGAAGCCAUCCAGAGACAUCUGGGAAUUGGAACAAAUAAUAACUUCACUGAAAAAAUUGCCGUAUGCUGAAGAGAUAUCUUCGUUACUAGAGAGCGGGCACUGUGAAGAGGCCAUUAUAUUAGCAUCGCAAGCAGACGAUGUUGGAAUACGGACAGCGGCACUUUGGGCCUGUUGGAUGGGGAAGAGCUCCGUACUCCAUAAACUGUUAAAGUUGGGAGCCAAGGCUAGCUUCGUAGAUGACGCUGGAAGGUCUUGUCUACAUUUAAGUUGUCUCGUGGGUAACGACGAGUGUGUGAGAAUGCUGCUGGAGUCUGGAGCGAACCCGAAUAUGUGGGAUUCUACAAUAGAAAGAAAAGCUACUCCGUUGCAUUGCGCUGCUAGUACCAAAUCCCUAAAUUGUGUGAAGUUACUUUUGCAUCAUGGAGCUGAUGUUAAUGCAGGCCUGACCGAACAUUCUCCAUUACAUUAUGCAGUAUUAAGUGACGCCCCGGAAAUCGUAAGUGAAUUGCUAGAAGCCGGGGCUUGUCCAGAUACACCACAGGUUUUUACAGAAACUCCAUUACACGUAGCAGCAUCAUUAGGAUCGGCAUCUUGUGUGAAGCUCUUGCUGGAUGGUGGAGCUGAUGUCAGGGCUUCAAUGGGUGCAGGAAGAGCUACAGCCCUACAUUUAGCAGCAGUUGAUGGCCACGCAGAAUGCGCACGGUUACUUUUAGAUCAUGGUGCAGCUAUUGACGGGCCUAACUCUCGAGGACAAACUGCGCUGCAUCUUGCGGCGUUGGCCCAAUCAGUGGAAGUAGUGGAGCUUCUCGUUGAUAGGAAAGCAAACGUAACAGCACAAGACAUGGAUGGCCGCACACCUUUACAUGGUGCAAUAGUUCGGGGAGCUCGCGCCUGUGACGUCGCCAGAUUGCUGUUGUCAGCCGGAGCUGACCCAAAUGGUCCAGAUCAUUUUGGAUACACCCCGCUGCAUAUAGCAGCUCUUAAUGAAUUCUCUGCCUGCGUUUUGCUGCUACUGGAUUAUGGUGGUGACGUUACAUUACGUACAAAUGGGGGUAUUUCAGCGUUAUCAUUUAUAGUACGUCGAGUGCCUGAUGUUGUUCCUCGAUAUCUGUAUAAGUUGGAUGAUGCAGUUCACGUCAGCGAGCAUGAACUGGGUGACGUAGACUGUGAGCUCACUAUCGACUUCCGACCUCUUGUCCCCAGUCUAGCAAGAGGUGAAGCUGAACUGUUACUGGCUUUCAUUGAGGUAGGUCGCAAAGAUGUCCUAAAGCAUCCUGUUGCAGAAACAUUCCUCUUUCUAAAAUGGCGUAGGAUCAGGAAGUUCUUUGUGCUCAGCUUUGUUUAUCACGCAUUAUUUAUAUCUCUAUACAGUCUAUACAUCUUACAAAUGUUCCUCUGCGAGGAUGUCACGUGCACCAUACCAUCUUACUUACGACCUAUACAAUAUUUCAUUCUCCUACUUAACAUCUGCUUCAUGUGCAAGGAGAUAUUUCAAGCAUGUUUAGAUUGGUCAGCAUACAUUAGGCAAUGGGAAAAUUGGCUGCAAAUACUUAUAAUCAUCGGCGUAUUUCUGUGCACUGUGCCAACUUGGUUUAUUGAUAAUGGUGAAGCCAGGAAGAACACGUCGACUUGGCAGCACGACAUUGCAGCUAUUACAAUAUUCUUUUGUUGGUUAGAAUUAAUGAUGAUAGUCGGGCGGUUUCCAACUUUCGGGCUGUAUGUACAAAUGUUCACAACAGUCACAGUUAACUUCGCAACAUUUCUCAUGGCGUAUAGCUGUCUACUAAUAGCGUUUGGAUUGGCGUUCAGCGUACUAUUUAGCAACUACCCUCCGUUUCACCUACCAGCAGCGCUAAUUAAGACUGUCAUGAUGAUGUCCGGCGAAUUGGAAUACGAAGAUAUAUUCUACAGCGAUUGUGCUGGCUCCAAGAUACAAUAUCCUUUCACAGCGCAGGGCAUGUUUUUAAUAUUUGUCCUCCUCGUCACCGUCAUAUUAACUAACCUAUUAGUGGGGUUAGCGGUGAGUGAUAUUCAGGCCCUUCAAGAAAGUGCGUGUUUGGACCGACUAGUGCGGCAGACGCAACUUGUUGGACAUCUUGAGAGCAUGUUAUUCAGCUCACUGCUUACUUGUGCACCAAAACAGUUGUUGUCGGUUCUACGUUGGGGAGCCUUGUUGACAGCCUCUCAUAUGCGGACACUGAAUAUUCGACCAAAUGACCCCAGGGAAAAUAGGAUACCAAGAGAUCUUAUCGCGGCGGUGUACAAAUUAGUAUCCAGUCGAAAAGACACCAAGAAAAGUAUCCGACGGAAUAAUAAGUACGAAUUCCGUAUUAGAAAGUCCAAAGACGAAGAGGACGUCGAGCGGCAGAUUGUUAAACGUAAGAGCUAUUUGUACGACCGGUUCUCUUUCGAAAACCAACACGUUGAAAGAAGAAAACGUACCGUAUCUGAAUCGAAUAGGAAUCAGCCAAUGUCGAAUACAAUAAAUGCGAUACAAGAACUCUGCAUAGUGGAGGUAAAGAAUCAGUUGACAGAUUUGACAAAGAAAAUAAAUAAGCUGGUUGAAACGACUGACACUAGAUUGAGCUUGUUGGAGAUGAAGUUAAAUCAGAAGUAGACUGCAUAUGUUUUUAAACUUUUUUCAUCGCGACUUUUGUAAUUAUUAUGACAGGUAAUCACGAUAUAUAUUAAUUUGAAGCCGAUAUUUCGAUCCAAUUGCAUGAAUCGUGGUCACGACGGAACUAAACUUUUUGUUGCAUUUGUACUCUGCAGUACAAUGGAACAAAAAGGCCCGAAAGGUUGGUCGUCGUCAGUAGCGUGAGUCGUGAAUUAGGGAAUCAAAGGCCGAACAGAUUUAUGUACUUUGAGUGUCAAUGUGUCAAGAGUUCCUCGCCACCUCCACACCGCCGUGACCGCGAUUCAUGCAGUUGGAUCGAAAUAUCGGCUUGGAAUUAAUAAAAUGUAUAUCGUGGGUACCCGCCCUAACAAUUACUAAGUAGACUACAUCUUAUUAAUAUUACUUGCGACGACCCGCUCGUCCUUUGCGUGUCUUCUGUUGGCACGUUCUAAGGAACAAACCUCAUUUUCAAUGAUAAAACUCAAUGGGUAAAAUGUUAGACCAUUUUUACUUUUGAUCCCGAUCACCUAGAAACCCAAACUCAACGAUCUAUUAUCUAUUAUGGUUGCUGAGGAAUAAUAUGUUCAACGUCAUCUUUGUGAAUAAUAUGUAUAGAUACUAUAACAGCAGUAAAAAUAGCUAUACUUAUGUGCAGUGUAAAACCGGGACUGUACCUACUACCACAAUACCGCCAAUCUCUGCUUCAGUUUCUAAGUUUGAAGGGUGUGUGUGCCAGAUAAAUAACAAGCAGAUCUGACAUUCUUUAUCUUUAAGUCGCAGGGUUACAAUCCUUAUUACUUUUUGUGUUAAAAAUCAAUUCAUAUUCAAAUUUAAUUUCCAAACCAAAUCUAACAGACUAACCUCUCAAGAUACGUCCCAGUGCUUUGAUAACUGAGGAAACGUCUAAAUAACGCAUUAUCCUCGGUAUGAUUGCUCAAAUCUCGAGUUGUGUCGCCACAGAAUCUACAUUACAAUUGAUAACCUGCUCUAGAGUUGAGAAAAACAUAUCACGAUUUAUGGAUAGUGGGUCAUUCGGACAAUUGGCUAAGUGGUAAAGCCAUGGGGAAUAUCCCAAAAAGUGAAGUAUAUCACUUAAAUAUAUUAAAUUUAUAUCUAGUUACUGAUGAUGUUGUUAAAAACAUGGACUAUGAUGGUAUUGCAGCAUUAAUUCGGCUUAUUCCAUCAUUUACUUCUAUAAUAUAAAAUAAUAUAAGUUGUAAGGUAAUACAUAAGAAUGUUUCUGUAGUUUGAGUCUUUUAAAUGUAUUGCCAAAUAAUCAAAAGGUUUGUUAUUGUAAUUUGAAAUUUUCUUAAGCUGGUUAAAAUGUCUAAUGAUAUUUUAUUACGUUAAAUUAAAAAAAAAUAUAAUAAUUUGUUAAUUUUUGAGUCUGAAUAUAUUUCUAUUGUUUUUAGAAUGUAAAUAAAUGCUAGUUAAGAUUUCAACAAUAUAUUUUUUGGUUAAUAA